AUGCCAACUCAAUCAGGAUAUGGAUACGUUGAAGGAUAUUCCGAUAUUCAAAAAUUCACUAAUAUUCCCAUCCCUAUUCCAAAAGGUAAUGAAGUAUUAUUAAAAGUUGAAGCUGCUGGAUUAUGUCUUUCUGAUCCUCAUGUUUUAAUUGCUGGUCCAAUUCAAAGUAAACCUCCAAUACCAUUAGCAACCAAAUUUAUUAUGGGUCAUGAAAUUGCUGGAUCAAUUAGUUCUGUUGGUGAACAAUUAAUUAAUGAUCCAAAUUAUAAACAAGGUGCUAGAUUUGCUUUACAAAUUGCUAAAGCAUGUGGAAUGUGUAAUUCAUGUCGUCAAGGAUAUGAUGGUGUUUGUGAACUGAGUCAUCAAGCUUAUGGAUUGAAUGAAGAUGGAGGAUUUCAACAAUAUUUGUUAAUUAAAAAUUUACGUACUUUAUUACCUAUUCCUGAUGGAGUUAGUUUUGAACAAGCAGCUGUCACUACUGAUUCAGUAUUGACUCCAUUUCAUGCAAUUCAAAAAGUUCGAAAUUUAUUAAAACCAACAUCAAAAAUAUUAGUACAAGGAUGUGGUGGAUUAGGAUUAAAUGCAAUUCAAAUAUUGAAAAAUUAUGGUUGUUAUAUUGUUGCUUCUGAUGUUAAAAAUGAAGUUGAAAAAUUAGCUUUACAAUAUGGUGCUAAUGAAUUUCAUAUUGAUAUCAAUAAAUCUAAUCAUGAAUCAAUGUCAUUUGAUAUAAUUUUCGAUUUUGUUGGUAUUCAACCAACAUUCAAUAAUUCUGAUAAAUUUAUUAAAAGACGAGGUAAAAUAGUAAUGAUAGGUUUAGGUAGAUCAAAAUUAUUUAUACCAAAUUAUAAAUUAGCUAUUCGUGAAGUUGAAAUCAUUUUCAAUUUUGGUGGUCAUUCAGCUGAACAAAUAGAAUGUAUGCAAUGGGUUGCAAAAGGAUUAAUUAAACCUAAUGUUCAUGUUGCUGAUUUCAAUUCUUUACCACAAUAUCUUGAAGAUUUGGCAAAUGGUAAAUUAACUGGAAGAAUUGUAUUUAGACCUAAUAAAUUGUAA